AUUAGAUCUAGACCAAAACUGAUUUUCUUUCAUGCCACUUCCUCCUCUCUCUCUCACACUUUAUUCACCGAGCUCAAAACCUUAACCUAGCGAUCCCCGGCCUCCAUUGAAGCGAGAGAUUUGGUGAGAAGCGGAGGAGAUCGAGCUUCAUUGAUGACAUGGUCGAGGAGGAUGAGGAGGAGGAAGAGGAGGACGACGACGAUGAUGAAUACGGCCCCUAUCGUGGCGGCAGCGGCGGGAGUCGUAAGCGGAGCAAGAAGAGGCCUUCUGGUGGAUUUUCUUGAUUUCGCAGCGGUGGUCGAUUCAGAUGAGGAGGAUGAGGAGGAAGAUACUGUACAUUAUCAAUAAGCCCCUUUCCUUUUUCUCCUUCUUUGUAAAUUUAACCCAAAAAAAAAAAAAAUUCACCUCCAUGAAAAUCCCCAAAUCCAAUUUUGAUCUUUUUGAUCGGUUUUGGUGUUGUUGUAGGUACCAAUAUUCAGAUGAACGAAGAGGUCGCGAUUAAGCUGCAAAAGUAUGGCACACCAGAAUAGGAUGCACUUAGAAGGGAUCUAACUAUUAACAGCUUAUUUUAUAAUAUCAAUACCAAAUCCAUUGAAGAUUGGACUAAUAGAGGAAUUGGAGAUCUAAAAUGUGGGAAAAUUGCUACUCCUUUACCACCAAAGGAUACAUUUAUGGAGGAUCCGCUAUGAGUUCUUCGAGCUAUCCGUUUUGCUGCAAGGUUCGGAUUCAUACUCGAUGAACAACUAAAGGAAGCUGUUGCCUGUGAUGAAGUGAAAGCUACUCUAUCAGCUAAAAUUAGCAGAGAGCGAAUUGGAGCUGAAAUUGAUCUGAUGAUCUCCGGAAACCAACCUGCCCAAGCUAUGACCUAUAUAUGUGACUUGAAGUUAUUUUGGGUUGUCUUCAGUCUUCAUCCACAGUGUGAGCCAUCAGAAGGAUGUGACAGCGAUUGUGUUGCGUACUUGGAUUUUACUUGGAAUCUUAUUCAAUUAGUGGGGCACUCUACCUUCAAUGACGAACAAAGAAGGCUCUCCUUUUAUGCUGCAAUGCUCCUUCCACUUAGGAAGACCAUGUAUAAAGAUAGGAAAGCAAAAGAUGUCACCAAAGGUGUCUUGAGCUGUGCAACCCAGGAAGUAAAGGAUCUCUUCCAUCUCCUGGAGCAUGAAUUUCUACCUCUCGACCUUGCUGUAAAGAUACAACCACUGUUGACUAAAAUCUCAAAAUUUGGGGGUAAGAUGGCUUUAGCUUCUUCUGUUCCUGAAGUGCAACUGUCUCAAUAUGUUCCUGCCCUUGAAAAGCUUGGUACUUUGAGGUUGCUCCAGCAGGUGUCUGGGGUGUAUCAGUCGAUGAAGAUUGAACAUCUAUCUCGGAUGAUCCCAUUUUAUGACUUUUCUGUUGUAGAGAAGAUAUAUGUGGAUGCUGUUAAACAUAACUUCAUAGCUAUGAAAGCCGACCAUAUGAAGGGUGUUAUGAUGUUUGGUAACUUGGAGGAUUAGAAUGGGGCUGCUCCAGCUAGAAGUGUUCUGGUGUGGAUCCUAAUAUAAAUUUGAAAGUAUGCUUAGGCAGCAGCUGUGGUUGAUAGUCUAGCCAUCUUUUACAAGUGAAGGUGCUGCAGUGCUGUUGUUUUGGCUUACUCUUGAUUGCUGCUUGGUUAUAGAUGAUGGGUUUCUGUAAUUUGAUAUUUUUCGGUUCAUAAUAAUUGCUAUAGAUGGUACUAGCUUUGGUGUGCAAUUCACACCAUUUUUUUUUUAAAAAUGAAAUAUUCUUUUGCGUCGGCAAAGUAUCCGUCGCAACCAAUUCAC